CACAACAGUUUCUUCAUGGCGUCUCCACAACAGUCAAGAAUUCAGUCGUAUCUGGAGAAGAAUAAAAUCGGACCCUUGUUUGAGGAGUUGAUGACCAAAUUGAUAACUGAGACUCCAGACCAUCCAAUCCCUUUUCUCAUUGAUCACCUGCAGACCAAGCAAGACAGCCCUGGCAAGUUGCACAGAGCUCUCUCUGGCUCCGCAGCACUGUGGGCACAGAGCUCCCCAGAAAGCAAAAACACUCGAAGGGAGUACAGCAGCUAUGAGAAGCCAUGGCAAAUUCACCCAAAGAAACCGAAGAAAUCCAAGAGUGACCUGGCUGUUUCGAGCAUCUCUCCUCCUUCACCAGAAUCCAAGUCUUUGCCGCGGUCAGUCGAGUACCCAUCCUGGGACUGGAGGGAGAGUCGGGACUUCGACGAGCUCAACCACAUUUUGCAGGAGAGCAAGAAGCUGGGCAAGGCCCUGGAGAGCCUGUCACGGAGCAUCGCCGUCUCUGAUGAGCUCGACCAGAACUUGGGAGGGUAUAACUCAGUGUUGCGCCCUCGGGUGGUGGGGGAGUGGGUUGGUCGUGAGGAAGAAGACGCAGAUCCACUAGCUGCUGAAAUGCUGCAUCCCCCUGUCCCCCGGGCCAAAACUGAAGUUUGCUGGAGUGGAGACAGCAGCCCUGCUGGGAGCCUGAAGAUGGAAACAAAGAGCAAAGGGCUAAGGGAACAGCAGCAGCAUCAUAAGAAGCUCCUGGCAGCCAUGUUGUCCCAGGACUCCUUUGAUUCAGUCCACAGCCCGGCCCCCUCUGUUGCAGAGGAAGAGAUUGAGGACGAGGACGAUGCCAUGGAGCUUCUGGAGGACCUGGAUGACCUGCGGAUGGAGGGCGUGACAGGCUUGGCUCCAUCCGGCAGUAAAUUCAGCCAGGGACGCAGCUCCUAUCAGCCUGAACCGCAGGCCAAAGUUACACUCAACAUCUGCUCUAGGUGUGCCAGGUUGCAGGGGGACAGUCUAUCAGACAGUCGAUCUGAAGAGGAGCACAGGCCUCACAUAUCUGAACAAGCUGUACCUGACAUCUCCUCUCCAUUGCCCGGGGUGGACACAGUGGCGGGACGGUUGCAGGAAUGCGAGGCCUCGUCUCAAGUGUCGGGCUCUCGUCAGGCUGUCUGGGAGGCUGAUCUGAAGGCUGUGAGAGGUGGGAGCUCUGCCGGGCAGACGGGCCUGCUACUGGGUGACUCCCUCUUUUCUAAAGAGCUGGAGAACAUGGGCAAACAGCUCGCUGAGGUUGAGAAGGAUCUGGCCAAGCUGGCAGAAGCAGGGAAGAUGACCACUCGGAGCUCUAACAAUCUGCACAGUAGUCUGCUCCACACCCCUCUUCACCACAGAACGCUGCCCGACACGCUUCCUCUCCCCAGUCUGGUCUCCAGGCCCCAGUCUCCAGCUGGCAGCCUCUCAGGCAAGCCCUGUGGCGUGGGUCUCCCUUUGCUGAGCCCCAAGCCCACCUCCCUGGUCAUGGGUCGGACUCAAUCUCCCAGCAACCCUGGGAGCAGGACUCAAACCCCCCGAACACCCAGCAGGCCCCUGACGCCAAAUAGUUUACUGACACGCUCCACCUUUAACCCUGGAUCUCAUAAAGAGGUGACCUUCAGGAGGUCGCGGAGCCGUCCUGUCACGCCCACGAGUCAGCCAAUGCAUCCCCGACCGCUGCUCACCCCUCCUGGGCUAAGCACUACAGACAGCCUUGGUGCCAGCCUACGGGCCUAUCUGUCUGAGGAUGAGUUUUACCAGCAGUUACAGGCCAUCAGACAGCCCUGGCAUAUUCCCAGUGACACAGACAGUGACAUCCUGGAGCCUCCUGAGCAGGAUAAGAGUGGUGCACGAGAUGCCAAUAAGAGAUCCGUGUUUUCAGGCCUUUAGUGAUGAAGACCAGAGACAUUGAUCCAAUCAAACUAUUAUGCAAACCACUGGACAUUUUG